UUAUCAUUCACUAUUCGUUAUCAGAAUAAAAGUUACAUCUUGCUGAUGACGUUUUCUCGAUUUCAUUUUUAAUACAUUUCUUAUCAUUAACAACGACAACGUAUCCCCUCCCCAUCAACAAAGAUUUUCUUCUGCCGGGAUUCCUUAAACAGCCCUAAAGAAAAUGUCGAAGAACAAAUUAAACUUGACUUUACCUCCUGGUGUGGCUGACAACCAACAGCCUGUAUCUCCAUCCGCACCAUUAUCGGCUGCAUCAGAUACAGGGUAAGUAUGUCAUCAGGCAAAAUUUUAUAAUUAUUAUCUUAUAAGUGGUUUAUAAAAUCUAUCUGUUAAAGAUGCGACAAAUUGAGUGUAGCAAGUCUACAAGAACAAUUGGAUCGAGUUGGAAUGGAUGAUGAACAGCGAAAGCGAAUGGAAUUAUUCCUAUGUCAAAAAGAAAAGAUUGGCGGUGAACUUAGUGAUGCUGAUUUUGAGAAAAUGAAAGACGGUGAACUAGGUGCUGGAAACGGUGGUGUAGUCAUGAAAGUCAAACACAAGUCAAGCGGGCUAAUUAUGGCCAGAAAAGUAAUACUUAUAAUUAAAUAACUAAUUUAUUCCUAAAUGUGUAAAUUGAAAAUUGUUUUAGCUUAUACACUUAGAAGUAAAGCCUGCUAUUAAAAAACAAAUAAUACGCGAACUUAAAAUUUUACAUGAAUGUAACCACGCACAUAUAGUUGGUUUUUAUGGAGCAUUUUACAGGUAGUAAUUUAUAAUUAUAAGAAUUAUUAUUUAAGAUAAUAUUAGAUUGUAAACUAUUAUAAUAACCAUAUGGUGAUGAUGAUGGUUUUAGUGAUGGUGAAAUCAGCAUUUGUAUGGAAUAUAUGGAUGGUGGUUCCCUUGAUUUAAUAUUACAAAAAACUCGAAUACCUGAACCAAUAUUAGGAACUAUUACAGCAGCUGUAUGUUUAAAAUAAUAAUAUUCAUUAUUGUAUACACAUUAUUUAAUAACUUAAUUUUUGUUUAGGUUGUUAAAGGAUUAAUUUAUCUCCGAGAACAACAUUCUAUUAUUCACAGAGAUGUUAAACCUAGUAAUAUUUUGGUAAACAGCGCUGGAGAAAUUAAAAUUUGUGAUUUUGGCGUGUCUGGUCAGUUAAUAGACUCAAUGGCUAAUUCAUUUGUUGGUACUAGAUCAUACAUGUCUGUAAGUAGCCAAACAAACAAUAUAUUAUAUUUAUAGUUAAAUGUAUUACUAAUUAAAAAUAAUUGAAUGUUUAAGCCUGAACGGUUACAAGGUACACAAUAUACAUUACAAAGUGAUAUAUGGUCCUUAGGAUUAUCUUUGGUUGAAAUGGCCAUUGGUAUGUAUCCUAUACCAGCGCCUGAUGCAAAAACUCUAGCUUCAAUAUUUGGACCUGGAUCUCAGACAACUGAAACAAUAGAAAACAUAGAAGGUGAUGUUUUUGGUAAGACAAUUCUAAUUUAUAUUUUGAUUUAGUACUUAAAUCUAAAACCUAAUCUUUAUUUACAUAUAAUAAAUUUCUUUGUGUAUAUAAUUAUAUAUUUAUGUAGUUUUAAAAAUAUUUUAUUUCAGCGAAUGGAAAUGGACCAAGACCUAUGGCUAUAUUUGAAUUGCUCGAUUACAUUGUGAAUGAACCACCACCCACAUUACCAGCAGGUAUCUUCUCUGAUGCCUUCAAAGAUUUUGUAGAUGGAUGCUUGAAGAAAAAUCCUCAUGAAAGAGGAGAUUUUAAAAGGCUUAUGGUAUGAUAAUAUUAAAAUAAUACUUAAAGUUAAAAUUUCUAUCAAAAUAAUAAAAAAGAAUUCCAAAUUGUAUUAUUUUAAAUCUGUAUAUUCUAAAUAACAACAAAUUUCAAAUUUUAAUUAAUAUUUAAUUUUACUUUUCCUAGUAUGUAAUUUAUUUUUUUUUUACUAAGAAGCUUUUAUUUUUAUUUUUGUGAUCAUUUGCUUUCUCAAUCUACCACAGGGGAGCAUAUGAUGCUACAGGCUUAUUAAACCUGGAGCCCCAAGCGCCUUCUAGUAGAAAGCCCAGGUGGGUGAUUCUAGUAGACAUAUGGUAUUGUUUCUGUAAGGUAGAGAAAUUUACUUAAUAGUUGAUAAUACCAUUCCUCCCUAUGGGAAGGAAUCAGAAUAUUGCCAAUACCUCUACUUGCUUUAAAAGGCAGCAAAUUGAAUUGCGCUACAUCAUCAGCCGGUGUAAAGUUCUGUCAAACAGUAUGAGGAGUUCUAAACAAGACUUUGACGAUUUAUCCUAUCUUGGAUGUGUGCGGAGACAACAGGUGAGAGGACGUACCAUAGUGCAUGAUGUUUACAGAUGAUAUAGUUUUGAUAGGAGAAAAUCUGAAAUAAGUUAGCAAUAGGCUUGAGGAAUGGAGAUAAUAAUUGUAGAAAAGAGACUAAUGAUAAGUAGAAGUAUAACAGAGUAUGAGUUUAGAAAAACAGGACUAGGUAGCUAAUAACAAUAAGCGUUUUUAGGUGAGAUUGAGACUUCUAAGUACCUAAGAUUUAUUGGAUAAAAGUAGUAUUUUUGAACUCUAGUUAAGAAUAAAUUGUGUAUUCUAAAUAGAUCCAUACAAAGGUAGUGUUAUGACUGUGGGGGUUCUACAUUUCUGUUUCUGUCAUUAUCAAUAACACAAUUACGCCAUUUUAUUAAAUAUUUUAUUUUAUUGAUACACAAUUUGAAUAUUGACAAGUAUCUAUGAACAAACUGUUUUAUUAAUAUAUGUAUAUUAUUAUCUAUAAACUCUACUCUACACGUUUACGGUCUAUUAUAGUUUUUAAUAAUAAUACUGUAAAUACCACCUACAAGUCCAACAUCAGUGACAAUGAUUUUUGAAAUGAGAUAACCUUGAUAUUUUGCUGACUAUUUCAAGUUUUUUUAUCAAAUGUACGAUUUGCUGACUGACAAAAACAUCAUGGAGUGGGGAGGUAGGCACCCUCCUACCCGUCCGUUCGGAAUGCCCCUGAGUGCUUUAAAAUUUACAAUAAAUUGUCUUUAAGGUCUUUUUAAAUUAAUUGGGUGUUCCCAAUAUCGUCUUAAUAAUGUUUUUUUGUUUUUAAUGAGUGACGUUUAUAUAACACAUAUGCCAUAGCUUUGGCUUCAACACCAUCUAAAAUCCCGUCCAUUUUAUGUACCAAAUAUACACUGUGUAUUAUACUAAUGUUUAUAAUAUAUCUAUAUAAUUUAUAAACUAUAUAGGUACCAAAAAAAAGAAAUAGACAGAAAAUCGAUUUAUUUCUAAAAUAAAUAGAAAACUGCAGGGCAAUCUUAUCAAGGAAAACUGUUUUUACUAACUGCUCCAUGUGUAAGCAACCAGCUGUAGUGGUUUUUUAUCUAUUCUAAUCGUUUAACUGCGUCUGCUGGCGGUUAAACUCUGUGUGUAAGCAGCUUGAAUGAUUUCCUACGACCUAAACUUAAAGUGGAAUAUCUCGUCAAUGGCUGGAUAGAAAUCAAAAAUAUCAACACUAAAAUGUAUUUUAACUAAUAAUCCAUCUAUUUAUGAACUUUUUGAAAAUCAAAAAUAGGUAGUGGUUUUAUCCUUAAAAAUAAGGGUGACAAAAAAAAGGAUAAAUAUAAAAUUGUAGAGCUGCUUGUUUUUUAAAUGUUCUAGAAAACAAAUUCUGGACGAAGUUAAUAUUUUCUGAGAUAUAUCUACUCAAAUGGAUCACCUGGUAUAGAAAUGUAUAACAUGUAUAACCUACAAACUUGAAUAUUUAUUUCAUAAAAACUAUCUAAAUUUAUUUUUAUUAUUCUGUGUGUUCAAUUCAAAUAAUAUAUUAUGUUAAAAACCCAUUACCUAACUGAGUAUGAAACAAAUUAUUUAAGUGAUAAUUUUUUUAUUUUUAUAGGAUCAUCAAUGGAUAAAAAAAGCAGAAAGUGAACCAGUUGACAUUGCUGGAUGGGUUUGUAAAAUCAAAGGUUUGACUCCAACUACUCCUACUAGAAUGGCGUCAAAUUCAGCUUCAUGAGUCUGCUCACUGCUCCUAAUACAAAGGCUCACUGCUGCGGACUCCUAUAUGGACAGAAAUGUCUAGAGGUGUGCCCCUCCCAAGCUUCAAAAUAUUAUUGCUUUUGCCAAGUAAUUUUUUUUAACUAUGUAUAUGUAGCCAUUUAAAAUAGGGUGGUAAUUUAAUAAUUGUAUACUAAUUAGGAAAUUUGGAUGUUUGUAAAAUAAUAUUAGGGAUUAAUUAACAAUUGAUCCCUUGGGUGUUUUUAUACAUUUUUCUACUUGUAUUGUGUGAUUUAAACAUUAAUUAUUUUGUAUUUAUUGUGUGAUAUUGUUAUAAUAUUUGAUAGGUUUGAUUGUUUUUAUUUUAAAACUUUUAGCUUAUCAUAUUAAAUGCAUUGCAUGUAAGUAGUUAAGUAUUAUAUUGGAGUAGACAUCUAGCAAGCUUAAAUUUCUUAUAGUAUAAUCACCGAACAAAUAAAUAUUUCAAACAAGAUAAUUAAUCAUUAUAAUAUUUUAACUUAAAUCUAUUUAAUACUUUAUAUUUUAAUGACGUAAAUUAAAAUUGUCUUCUAGUUGUUAAUCCUAACAUUUCAUUAUCAUAUACAAGAAAAUUUCUUUGUACAUUUAAUUUAAUAAAUUAUUCAUUGUUAUGUAGAUAAUUUAUUUUUAAUUUUUUCCUUAUUUUGAUUAAAUUUUAUUUGUCUAAUAUAAUUUAAUUUUCCAAUGUAAAUAUGUUUAUUUAUUUAAGUUCAAUCUUAAGUUGUUCCUGCUACUUUAAAGUGCACCCUUUUAUUUGUUCUACUCUGUUUGCACCCACUCUGUUCCCCUUUUGUGUUGUUAUCCUCAUUUUAUUGUAUCUAUUAAAUAAAAAAUCAGUAUAGUUUUGCGAAUGCUUUUAGCCAAUAUUACCAUCUGUUGCUUUUAAAACAAUAUUAAUAUGUUAUAUUUGUUAUUUUUUACCAGUACGGUUAUUGUUCAUUUAUAUUAUAUUACUAUAUUUAAUUAAUUGUAAUAAUAUUUAUUACAUAGACUAGUACUUAAAAAAUGUAAAAUAAUCAAAAUGACAUUGAGUGUCUUGGCAUAUCAUUAGGCCAGUGGGAGCCUUAGUAGCGGGAGCAGUAAACUACAUAUUAUUAUAUUAUAAUAUUUUAUUAUGACAAAAUGUUGGUCAAAAACAUAACAUUUAUUUUAUUCCUAAACAUAUUUAUUAUUAUUAUUCAUACGAUAUAUAUUGUAUCAUAGAAAAAUAAAAUAAGUUUUAUUUGGAUUUAAAUUAAAUAAUUCAGUUGAACUAUUU